UCGUCAUCUAUCUCGCCGGAGUUCUUCAUUCCUAUUUAAUUUGUCCACUGUAAAAUCUUGAGAUGGCGUCCGUUGCCGUAAUCGCCUUCUUCUCUUUCGUUUUAGCCGUCAUCUCUCCAUUCGCCGGCGCUCAAUCCUUAGCUCCUGCUCCUUCUCCCGCAAGCGACGGAACAUCGAUUGAUCAAGGAAUCGCGUAUUUGCUAAUGGUGGUGGCGUUGGUGCUGACGUAUCUCAUCCAUCCUCUUGAUGCAUCCUUCUUCUAAUCUUUUGUAUUUCAGAAUUCGACUUCUAAUUGAAUGUAUGGGUUUAGUUUCAACUUUACUAUUUUCAGUGAACAUUUCGCUAAUAUCAAGAUAUUAGAGAUACCUUCUUGUUAUUUGUUAUUUUUAGAUUUUUCCUAGAGAUUUUUUUAUUAAUUUAUAUGUUUCCUAUAAUCUUUUGUUUA